UACAUCAAUAGGAAGUAGAUGUUUGUUGAAAUUAUUCGCGGAAAUCGUCAUACAACAUUUUUGUGUUUUCGACACCUAUUCCCAGUGUCUUCUUUCGAAUGUUUUCCAAAUAAUAUACAGAUGAAAUUGUAUUAGUAGCAGCAGAAUUCUGAGUUUAAGUCAGAAAACCUUCGGGUUUCAUACAAAGAACAUUAAUUCACUUGAAACAUUUGGUUUCAGAGUGAUCGUAGGAAGGAUUACAAUGCAGUUUAACAUCAGAAUAUUAAUUUCAUUAUUAUUUGUAUUACCAACCAUUUUAGCAGAAGAUGUGAGCUAUCAAGCAUGCGUUGACAAAUACUCUCGUAAAGGUUACCAGCCGUGGCAAGAAUGGUCUGACCAUUACACUUGCCACCGCUAUCGUUGUGAAAUAAGGGAUGGGAAAUACUUCAUAGCUGCUGUCGGAUGUCGAAAACCAAAAAUUCCUGAAAAUGCAUUGGAAUGUCACGAAUACAUUGAAGACGAAAACGUUGAAUUCCCAACGUGCUGCGCUCGACUAAGAUGCGUUGUUGAAGUUAAUGGUGAAAGAAUCGUUCAAACCAGAGGCCAGCCUGGAGAACUGUUCCCUGAUAAGCCCUGGAAAGGACAGCAAAAUGAACCCAACCCAGUUGUAGGGAUGGGCGCUAUUCAGCAAAACACCGUAGGAGGUGAGCCUCAAAGCCAACCAUCACCAGGCAUCUUCAGUAGCAGAGGAGCAGCGGAUGGCAAUGAUAUUAAUGGAAGACGAUACGUAGAUCCCUACCCAAGCCAGCAGAUGCAAGAGUCACCACGCAAGAAGAGAUCGACCAUUUAUCCUCUCUUUGAUAGAAGUUCAACCCGCGAAAAUAUCGCACGAGUGCCAUAUCAAAUAAAAAUGCCUGGAUAUUCUCCAGAGAGAUAUACUUCUUAUUUCACUAAUGGCGUGAAUGGUGACAAGUCCUUGUCCAGUCAUAAGUUACAUCUUAAUUCAUCUUAAACAAAUUAAUAAAAAUAUAUAUUACAUAAUAUAAUGUGACCAAUCAUUGCAGUUAUUCCAAAGCUUUUUGUUUAAAUGAUGUUUACCUAUGUUGUUAAUUUUGUAUUGUUAUAAUGUGCACAUUGUGUUUAUGUUUUAUUCAAUAAAAUGUUGAAUAUA